AUGGUGAAGCCGCCCUGCGCGAUGGAAGCGGGCGACUUUGACUCCUCUGAUGAAGACGCCGCUGAGGAGGACCUGAGGCCGCUCCCGAUCUCCUGGUUGUCUUUGUCUCCUGUCUACUCUUCCGAGUUCCUGGGAUUAUGUUCUCUUCCAGGUUGCAGGUUUAAGGAUGUUAGAAGAAAUCUUCAGAAAGAUAUAGAAGAACUAAAGAACUAUGGGACCCAGGAUAUAUUUGUGCUUUGUACCAGAGGAGAGCUCUUAAAAUACCGAGUCCCAAACCUUAUAGACAUGUACCAACAGCAUGGGAUCUGUGUGCACCACUAUCCUAUUCCUGAUGGCGACGCUCCUGACAUUGCCAAGUGCUGCAAAAUUCUGGAAGAGCUCCAAAGCUGCCUGGAAAGUAACCGGAAAACAAUCAUACACUGUUACGGUGGCGUCGGACGCUCAUGUCUCAUAGCUGCAUGUCUCCUGCUUCAGCUUUCGGAUGCGCUAGCACCUCAGCAAGCGAUAGACAGCCUCAGAAACUUGAGAGGAUCUGGUGCGAUACAGACCAUCAAGCAAUACAAUUAUCUCCAUGACUUUCGAGAGAACCUAGCUGCACAUCUGGCAACAAAGGAUACAGUAUUAAGAUCAGUAUCGCGAUAA